AUGGAUCGCUCGCACGUCAUUGCGACGACCCAGUCGGCCGUAGCACUCUACCGCAGGGCACCCGUCACUUUCUCGCUCGUCGCAUCCUACUUGAUCUCCAACGUGGUCUCGACGGCGUGGCUCGACUACCGACUCUUCGUCUCGCUUCCAGGCGGGCCGCUUCCCAAGAACAUCUUUGGCUGGGCAGUGCACUUCUUUGCACUCUCGCCGCUCUCGCUCGCACGGUCAUGGACGAGCACCACCCUCGUACGAUGCUACCUUCCACAGGCGCAGCAAGCUUCUCUCGAGGAUCGAUCCCUCACUACAGGUGCAUCGCUGCCUCGACGCAACGGAGCUCGUCCCACCACAGCAGGGACCACUUCGCACCGGCAGAUCGAUCAAUUUCGCAGCAGCAGCAUCGAGGGAGACGCUGAAGCUGCAUCAACCGCGGCGAAUGAUGCGCUGGAACACGUCCUGGCGGCGCUCGACCAGCAGGCGCAGGAACAACCUUCGCACGUUCGGCUCGGACGCUCGCAGAUCGAACCCGACUCGACCGCGCUAUUCGCGGUAUCGCAUACACUCGUCACGCAAUCCGAGGCCGUGUCGCGCUCCACGCGAUCAGCUCGAUUCCCUAGCUCGCUCUCGCGCCGAUUCCUCUCGUCUUUGCAGGGCGAGUUCGCUCAUGUCCACUGCACGCGCUCCCCGAAUCCAGACGGGCGCGAUAGCAGUCUGCAUGUCACGCUCCACCCGCACGAUGCUGCGCUCGUCGUAGAGCUGGGUUGGGGUCAACUUCACCCGCUCGCCGGCUUUCCUUCGUACUCGGGCUUUUGGAUAGGCUGGCCUGCCUGGCUCGCACGCUGGCGACCCAAAUUCCCGGCCCGAUGGUGGUCGAACAGCUCGGUGCCGCGACAAGGAACUGCAACAAAGGCGAUGGGUCUCCCUCCAACGUACUGCCUUUUGUACGCGCCUAGAGACAGCGACGAAGCGCAAGCCGUCCUGCACAUCCUAGACGCUGCCGCACAGUUCGCUAUCGGCACUCCGCCACCAGCACGCUCGUGA